AUGCUGUCCACUUCGGUUCCCAACAACUGCACCUUUUCGCCGGCAUCGGCCACUCCCCAUCUGACAAUCAACCAUGAUGUGGCCGCCGACCUCGACUCGACCAACGCUUUCGAAGGUCCUGAGAAGCUCCUCGAGGUUUGGUUCGCCCCUAGUCCGACGACUCUUCCUCCUUCCGCUCCUGUCAAUGGCCUCAAGGCUGUUCCCGCUGAUACUUGGGUUCCCAUGCUUGAUAUGGUCAACUGCAAGGUCUUGUCUGUUCUUGAGUCUGACAACAUGGAUGCUUACCUUCUCUCCGAGUCGAGCAUGUUUGUCUUUCCUCACAAGAUCAUCCUGAAGACCUGCGGCACCACCACUCUUCUCCUUGGUCUUCAGCGCAUGCUUCACAUUGCUGCCAAGCACGGAUUCCCCUACCACAAUGCCAAUUCGGCCGACGACAUCCAGGCCGCUGCGACCCCGUACCGCGUCUUUUACAGCCGCAAGAACUUUCUCUUCCCCGAGAAGCAGCAGGGUCCCCACCGUAGCUGGAAGCAGGAGGUCAAAUAUCUCGAUGACAUGUUCGACGGAGGAAGUGCCUAUAUGGUGGGCAAGAUGAACGGUGAUCACUGGUAUUUGUACCUCACUUCACCCAACCAGCAGGCUCUCACGCCUCCUCGUACUCCCGAGUCUGAGUUGGAGAUUGAAGGUGCCAAGAUCCCUGUUGGGACCUCGUUCAAUACUGUUCCCGGCAGUUACCACGACGAGACCCUCGAGAUCCUCAUGACGGACCUUGAUUCUGAAAACGCCAAGCAGUUUUAUCUGUCGCACGCGAGUGCGGUCGCCAGCGACAAGAUGGCUGCAGAGGCAAAGGAAGCCCGUAAGGAAGCCAUCAACAGCCUCGGAGGGCUUUCCGAGGAUAUCGACGAAGUGGACGUCUUUUGCAACGAGGAUCCCGACAGCAACAUGCUCGACUCUGUCGAAGCUCUCACCACCGAGGGCCAUGCUUUGGGAACUGUUGUCUCGGAGAGUUGCGGCCUCUCCAGCGUCUACCCGACCUCCAAGUACCCCGACGCACGUGUCGAUGCUUAUCUCUUCAGUCCUUGUGGCUUUUCUGCCAACGGAGUUGUUCCUCCUCCGUCCGGCGGCAAGGGAGAGCAUUACUUCACCGUCCACGUCACACCCGAGCCUCACUGCUCUUUCGCUUCAUUCGAGACCAACGUCCCUGGUGGCCAGAGCGGCCGUACCACGACCGAGAUCAUCGAACAUGUGGUCGAGAUCUUCAAGCCCGGCCGUUUCAGCGUGACUCUCUUCGAAGCAAAGGCAGCAGCUCACAACCCAUACUGCAUGGGAGAUGACGAGUCCAACAACUGGGCUGCCAAGCGUCUGGUUGAUCCUGUGCGAGGAUACCGACGUGUUGAUCGUAUUGUCCACGAUUUCGAGGACUACGAUCUUGUCUUUCGUUUCUAUGAACGUGAGGGAUGGGCUGGAACCAAGAGUGCCCGUGUUGGAGAGCCUAUUAGUCCUACCAAGUGA